AGCCCCUGACGGCGGAGACCCGGGCGCUGGGGGUGCGGCCCGGCCAUGCUCGGAGUGACAGCCUGAGUCCCUUCACCAGCCGCAAGCAUGAAGGACAACCGGGACUCCAAGGACCAGCAGCUCAUGGUGGCGCUCCGGGUCCGGCCCAUCAGCGUGGCAGAGCUGGAGGAAGGGGCCACUCUCAUUGCCCAUAAGGUGGAUGAGCAGAUGGUGGUCCUGAUGGAUCCCAUGGAGGACCCCGACGACAUCCUGCGGGCACAUCGCUCCCGGGAGAAGUCCUACCUGUUUGAUGUGGCCUUCGACUUCACUGCCACCCAGGAGAUGGUGUACCAGGCCACCACCAAGAGCCUCAUUGAAGGUGUCAUCUCAGGGUACAACGCCACGGUCUUUGCCUACGGCCCCACAGGCUGUGGGAAAACCUACACCAUGCUGGGCACUGAUCGUGAGCCCGGCAUCUACGUUCGCACCCUCAACGACCUCUUCCGUGCCAUUGAGGAGACCAGCAACGACAUGGAAUAUGAAGUGUCCAUGUCCUACCUGGAGAUCUACAAUGAGGUGAUCCGGGACCUGCUGAACCCCACCCUGGGCUACCUGGAGCUGAGGGAGGACUCCAAAGGGGUGAUCCAGGUGGCUGGCAUCACCGAAGUCUCCACCAUCAAUGCCAAAGAGAUUAUGCAACUGCUGAUGAAGGGCAACCGGCAGCGGACACAGGAACCCACGGCCGCCAACCAGACGUCAUCACGCUCCCACGCCGUGCUGCAGGUGGCCGUGCGCCAGCGCAGCCGGGUCAAGGACAUCCUGCAGGAGGUGCGGCAGGGCCGCCUCUUCAUGAUCGACCUGGCUGGCUCAGAGCGCGCCUCCCAGACCCAGAACCGUGGGCAGCGCAUGAAAGAGGGAGCACACAUCAACCGCUCGCUGCUGGCCCUGGGCAACUGCAUCAACGCACUGAGCGACAAGAGCAGCAACAAGUACAUCAACUACCGUGACAGCAAGCUCACCCGGCUCCUGAAGGACUCCCUGGGUGGAAACAGCCGCACAGUAAUGAUUGCCCACAUCAGUCCAGCCAGCAGCGCCUUUGAGGAGUCCCGGAACACCCUGACCUACGCCGGCCGGGCCAAGAACAUCAAGACCAGGGUGAAGCAGAACCUGCUCAAUGUUUCCUACCACAUUGCUCAGUAUACCAGCAUCAUCGCCGACCUGAGGGGUGAGAUCCAGCGGCUCAAGUGCAAGAUCGACCAGCAGGCCGGACGGGGCCAGGCCCGGGGCCGGCAGGAGAAGGCUGACAUCCGCCACAUCCAAGCCGAGGUCCAGCUACACGGUGGGCAGGGCGAGCAGGUGGAGAUGGGCCAGCUGCGGGAGCAGCUGGUCAGCGCUUUCCAGGAGCAGAUGGACGUACGGAGACACCUGCUGGAGCUGGAGAACCACGCCAUGGAAGUCCAGAUUGACACGUCCCGCCACCUGCUCACCAUCGCUGGCUGGGAGCAUGAGAAGUCGCGCAGAGCCCUCAAGUGGCGGGAGGAACAGAGGAAGGAAUCCUACACUAAGGACGACAGUGAGAAGGACUCGGAUCCCGGGGAGGACCAGCCAGACCUGCUGGAGCCCCCUGAGGUGGCCUCGGCCCGUGAGAGCAUCGCCGCCCUCGUGGGCGAGCAGAAGAAGCUGCGGGAGCAAAAGCUGGCGCUGGAGCAGCGCUGUCGGGAGCUGCGCGCUCGGGGCCGGCGCCUGGAGGAGACGCUGCCACGGCGCAUCGGCUCCGAGGAGCAGCGCGAGGUGCUCAGCCUGCUGUGCCGCGUGCACGAGCUCGAGGUGGAAAACACCGAGAUGCAGUCGCACGCGCUGCUCCGCGAUGGCGCGCUCCGCCACCGCCGCGAGGCUGUGCGACGCCUGGAGCAGCACCGCAGCCUAUGCGAUGAAAUCAUCCAGGGCCAGCGGCAGGUCAUCGAAGACUACAACCUGACGGUGCCCCAGCACCUGGAGGAGCUCUACGAAGUAUACCUGCGGGAGCUGGAGGAGGGCAGCCUGGAGCGGGCCACCAUCCUGGACCGCGUGGCCUCCAGGGCCCUGCAGGAUAGCUCCUUACCCAAAAUCACCACCGCGGGAACCACGCUGACCCCGGACUCUGACCCUGAGAGUGUGAAAGGGCUGAGCUGUGAGACCCGGCGCUGGCAAAGCAGCACCCUCCCUCCCCUGGGCACCGACAGUGAAGCACACCGCAUCUUCAAGGCCAGUCCCCGGGCCUGGCAGGCCAAGACGUCCUCCGUGCCCACCCCUCCUCCCAUCCAGAUCAGCAACCUGGUGAGCCAGGAGGGCCCCACCCAGGACAGCCGCAUCGACUCCUCCCCCGAGAGCAGCGAGAACCUGUCAGAGAUACCCUUGUCCCACAGAGAGAAAAAGGAAAUCCUGACUGGUACCAAGUGCAUCUCAGAGGAGGCCGCCCGGCGCCGCUCGCGGGCUCUGGGCACAAAGGGGCGCCUCCUGGUGGUGCCCACCCUGGAACGCAGCAGCCUGUCCCUGUGCUCGCUGAGCGAGUCCGAGGAGGUGCGGUCCCCAGCUUGCAAGCGGCCCCCCAGCCCCACACUGCAGCACGCAGCCAGCGAGGACAACCUCUCCAGCAGCACGGGCGAGACCCCGGCCCGGGCGGGCAGGCACUGUGGGGAACAGGCUGAGCCCUGGCUGCGCGGUCAGAAGAAAAGCCUGGGCAAGAAGAGGGAGGAGUCGUUGGAGGCCAAGAGGAGGAAGCGGAGGUCCAGGUCCUUCGAGGUCACGGGACAAGGGCUCUCUCACCCCAAGACACAUCUCCCUGGACCCCGCCCCACAGAAGGUGUCUCAGACCCCAGGCUGCCAGGAUGCUGCGGGCACCUGGCCCCCAGCUUCCGGCAUCUGGGAAAGGUCAUGUUGCCUUUGGCCAAAGUCAAACUCCCUCCAGGCCAGAGCACGGGCCCCAGGGAGUCCUCUCCACUGACUGUGCACCCAGCAGGAAUGUCCCGACGAGCUGCUCGUGGGCCACGCCUGCCCCAUGGCACCAGCAUCCACGGCAAAGAUGGACGCCUCUGGCAUAACUGAGAGAGGGCCCUGCUGGAACCGG